AUGUCCUAUUAUCCGCCUCAGUAUGGCGGCUACCCGCCGCCGCAAUACCCUCCUCCCAAUGGUUACGGCCCUCCGCCACAGGCCUACCCGCCGCCGCAAAACUAUGCCGGCUAUCCUGGUCAAGGCCAGCAGCAGCCUUACCAGCACCAUCACCAUCACACCCACCACGCUCAUCAGGGCAGCUAUGGCUAUCAGCAAACGCCAUCGCCUCAGUCUUAUAACAAUGGUGGAUACGACCGACCUCCUCCUCAGGCACCUGGCUAUGGCCCUCCGCCCUCAUCACAUUCCCCCAUUCCGCCCACCCACGGCGCUGGAUACGGCAGGCAAGGUCCUGCACCCCCGCCUAAUGAAGCUGUUGCGUUCGGUCAAGGAGCCCCGCAAGGCUACAACUUUCGAUACUCGCAAUGUACUGGCAAGAGAAAGGCGCUGUUGAUUGGAAUCAACUACUUUGGUCAAAAGGGUCAGCUGCGUGGAUGCAUCAAUGACGUUAAGAAUAUGUCUUCAUACCUGAAUCAGGCCUUUGGCUAUGCACGAGAAGAUAUGGUUCUUCUUACAGACGACCAGCAAAACCCCAUGAGCCAGCCGACCAAGGCGAAUAUACUGCGAGCAAUGCACUGGUUGGUCAAGGACGCUCAGCCGAACGAUUCUUUGUUUUUCCACUACUCAGGACAUGGUGGCCAGACUCCUGAUUUGGACGGCGACGAAGACGACGGAUACGACGAGGUCAUCUACCCGGUGGAUUUCCGAGCUGCUGGACACAUUGUAGACGACGAAAUGCAUCGCAUCAUGGUCAAGCCGCUGCAGCCCGGCGUCAGACUUACAGCCAUCUUCGACUCGUGCCACUCUGGAUCCGCUCUGGAUCUACCAUACAUCUACUCCACCCAAGGCGUGCUCAAGGAGCCCAACCUGGCCAAGGAAGCUGGCGCCGGCUUACUCAGCAUUGUUUCGUCUUAUGCACGCGGCGAUAUGGGCAGCAUGGUCUCGUCCGCAAUGGGCCUGAUCAAAAAGGCUACCAAGGGAGACUCGGCAUACGAGAAGACACGUCAGACAAAAACCAGUCCUGCAGAUGUCAUCAUGUGGUCCGGCAGCAAGGAUGAGCAGACGAGUCAAGACGCCACGAUCAACGGCCAGGCUACCGGCGCCAUGUCCUGGGCCUUUAUAAAUGCUCUCAAGAGGAACCCGCACCAGAGCUACGUUCAGCUACUCAACAGUAUCCGCGACGAACUUGCUGCAAAAUAUACCCAGAAGCCUCAGUUGAGCUGCAGUCAUCCAAUUGAUACCAACCUUCUUUACGUCAUGUAA